UGUGGUAUUUCUAUGUUGGUUACCAUGGAUAUUACGCAUGCACCGACCAGGUAGACCCAUCAUUAUGGAUUUCACAUCGACACCAUGUUCGGAUACAUCCUCGGAGAGGAAACAUCAGAUAUUAUCAGAUGUGGAAUUAAAAGAGCGCUCUUCCAAAUCGCUACUGGCUAACGUCUUGGACAUUGACGAUGACUUCCGCAAUGUACGACCCAUGACACCGGGCGGCACCCUGCCCCAUAAUCCAGCAUUUUAUCGUACUGUUUAUGGGUAUUUAGAGAAUUUGCAAGGCGAUGAUGGCAGUAUAGGACCGAUUGGUAGUACCCGCAUGCCGGACGCUGUCACCCAUCACACAUGUAUUAAAACUCAAACGGAAUAUGAAUUAAGUUUAAUAUUAAAGGAAAUACGUUUCAUCACGGAUCAGCUUCGCAAAGAAGAUGAGGAUAAUGAUAUAGCCAAUGAUUGGAAAUUUGCCGCUAUGGUCGUUGACAGACUGUGCCUUAUCAUAUUCACAAUGUUCACAAUAUUAGCUACAAUAGCUGUACUACUAUCGGCACCACAUAUUAUUGUCUCGUAGCUAUAUGAGAGAGGUGGUUAUUGUUAUUGGUUUUAUCAUAAAAUCAAUUUGUUAAUUAUUAAAUUAAUAACGAAAAUUUUUAAAUAAAAAAACAACCCCAAAACACACACAAAAA